UGUGUCAAUACGACAGUAAAUAAGUGAGAAAAUAAUCUCAGCGGUUUCCCUUGAGCUCGGAUGAAUUCAGAGGUGGUGUCCGGGCAGAGCGUGUUGCAAACGUCCUUGUGCAGCUGAGGUGGACACAGAGACAGGAAGUGAUGUCGGACCGAGAGGAAGAAGGGGUGGAGGACAAAGUGGAGGUGGCGGAGCCUGGGAACACAGCUUCCAUCUUGGACUCGGAGGGAGAGGAGGGUGGCAGAGAGGAAGGGGAAGGACAAGGAGAGGAAGAGGCAUUGCUUGAGAAGGAAGAAAAGCUGGAAAGCUGCCCUCUGACAUCAGAAAUGAUCUCCGAAGGCCUGUCCCUGCUGUGUCGCACUGGCAACGGACUGGCACACGCCUUCGUCCGGCUGGAACUCAAGGAACGGGGCUUAACAGACCUCAACAUAUUGUCCAGCUUUGUCCACCUGCGUUUCCUGGACAUCUCCUCCAAUUACCUGUCUGACCUCUCCCCUCUGGCCUCCCUCUCUCAUCUGCUGUGGCUCAAAGCAGAUGGAAACCUGCUAGAUGGGUUCAAAGGUCAGCCCCUGGGCCAGCUGGAGUACCUGCAGUGGCUGAACUUAGCGUCCAAUCGGAUCAAAAACACAGAGGGGCUGGGAGGGCCCUCCUUGGAGACCCUCAACCUGACUGGCAAUGGGAUUCAGUCAAUAUCCGGCCUGGACUAUGGGCGCCUGGCGAACCUGGUAACCCUGGAGCUCAGAGGGAAUCGCCUGGAAACCACAGACGGGAUCUACCUGCCCAACCUGCGCAGACUGUACCUGGCCCAGAACCUGAUCAAGCGUCUUGAAGGGCUGGAGAGGCUGGAGAAACUCACCACUCUGCACCUGAGAGAUAAUCGCAUUGAGUCCCUGGAGGGCUUCAGCGAGGGAAUGAAGUCCCUGCAGUAUCUCAAUAUGAGGGGAAACCUGGUCUUCUCUCCGCGAGCCCUGCUGUCUCUGGCUCCAGUGGCGGGCAGCCUGCGGGCGCUGGUGCUCUCCGAGAACCCCCUGUCCGAGAGCGAGGACUACCGCAUGAGCGUCCUGCUGCGGCUCCCCCUGCUGGAGAGGCUGGACAAGGACGCGGUGACUGCCGAGGAGAGGAGCGAGGUGGCCGAGAGACAGAGGGAAUUUGGAGAUGAAGAAGUCACGGAGCAAGAAGAGUAUUAACUGCCGCGAUCAGCCCACAUGUUAUAGUGUGGGCUAGGAGCAGCCAAGCGGACCAAGCAGACAGAGUGUAAGAAGAGGGAGCACCUCCUCUGACACAGCAACAAUCUCUGCAGCUUUCACAAGCACUCGUUAUCACCCAGCCUCUCUCUGAACAUAUCCUCUAAUGUUUCAUGUGGUUUCACAGACCAUCUAACAUUCAGUGUGAUUUCACAUCUAAUGCAUUGUUUUGCAAGUAUUACAAAGAAGCAGCAGGCUACAGUCAGUAAUGUUUUAUCUUUUUAUUGCUUUUGUUACUUUUCAAGAAAAUGAAUAAAGAAAAAUAUACAUAAAAGAUGAUGUAAUCUGAUAUUGAUUCUUGCUUUUAUAUUGCUUCUUGCUGUACU